AUGGCAGCUUUAGUAGAGGGCGACCUGUUACCGCCUACACUCCAGAAUAUCCUCGACCAGAAGAGUCUGAAAUGGAUCUUCUGCGGAGGUAAGGGAGGUGUUGGUAAAACCACUACGUCAUGUUCGCUCGCCGUACAACUUGCAGCAUGUCGAGACUCGGUUCUUCUCAUUUCCACCGAUCCUGCCCAUAACUUGUCGGACGCUUUCUCCCAGAAGUUCAGCAAAGAUGCAACGAAAGUAAACGGAUUUGAUAAUUUGUUUGCCAUGGAGAUUGACCCUAAUGGUAGUCUACAGGAGAUGAUUGAGAACUCCGAUCAAAGUGGUGGAAUGGGUGGUAUGAUGCAGGACCUUGCUUUUGCUAUUCCGGGUGUAGACGAGGCGAUGGGUUUUGCAGAAAUCAUGAAACACGUCAAGUCAAUGGAGUUUUCAGUCAUAGUAUUCGACACCGCUCCAACAGGUCAUACACUUCGAUUCCUCUCGUUCCCUUCGGUCCUUGAAAAAGCUUUGGGUAAAUUGAGUACGCUUAGUGGAAGAUUCGGUCCCAUGCUCAAUCAAAUGCAAUCUAUGUUUGGAGGGGGUGGACCACAGGAAGACAUGUUUGCGAAGCUUGAAGGUAUGAGGGAGGUCAUUUCGGAGGUCAAUUCUCAAUUCAAGGAUCCAGAUAAGACAACCUUUGUCUGUGUCUGCAUCUCCGAAUUCCUUUCGCUUUAUGAGACUGAGCGUCUCAUCCAAGAACUCACCACAUAUGAGAUUGACACUCAUAACAUCGUCGUCAACCAAUUGCUCUUCCCAAAACCUACCGAUAGCUGUCAACAAUGUACCGUCCGACACAAAAUGCAGCAAAAGUACCUCAAUGAGGCAUAUGAGCUGUAUGGUGAAGAUUUCCACAUCCUCAAAUUACCUUUAUUAACGGAGGAAGUGAGAGGUACAGAUAAGAUCAAAGAGUUUAGCAAGAUGCUCAUUACACCCUACAUCCCCCCACAGUAG